ACCGCGCCGGUCGGCUCGAAUUCUGGGACAGCACGUCGCUUCAAGAAGCCGCCCUGAGCGGCCCCGCGGCGGAAUCGGCCCGGCUUGCCGUGCAAUCAGCUGUACUUCUCGCCGGCGCCUGUGUCGUGUGUAUCGCCUUGAGCGUACAGGGAAACGCUGUCCGCGAACGCGCCGCACAGUCGAGCUUGUUGCGAUGCCUGGGGGCGAAUCGAAAGAUACUCGCAAUGCUGGUUCUCGCAGAGGCCAUCACCAUGGCCGCCAUUAGCGUGCUGGGAGCCGUCCUUUUGGUGUGGGCGGUGAUGGCUGGAUUGGCGGCUUUACUCCCGAUGCUGCGGGGCCCUUCAAUGCCCGAUCUGGCGAGCAUCGCCAUGGCCGCCGGUGUGACAUUGCUAGGAGUGCUGGCCGGAGCUGCUUGGCCGGCGAUCGCCGCAACGAGAAGGCUGCCCGGUGAUUUUGACGUGGAACAAGACGAUCCCGAGAGGGUUGCACGGUUCGCGAAUCGUUCGGCGAUCGCCGGGGUCUCCAUUGCCGCGCUAGCUGCUGCGAUGAUCUCAGCCACGCCUGCCCAGUCCUUCACGAGGGCUGAGCUCCUCUCAUGGUUCGGCGUUCCUUGCCUCGCACUGACGGCACUGCUCGCCACACCGCUAAUCAUCCGCUGGACGAGCCGACUCUUGGUGCGUCCCGUCGGAGUUCUUACGAGAACCGAGUCGCUGGUGCUUGCCGAUCAUGUUGCCGCCGACGGCGCCCGCAGCGCCGGGGCAGUGAUCGCGAUCGCGAUCGGACUGGGCGGAUUCAUUUGGAUGCUCUGCUGGGGCGCAUCGAUGCUGGAGUCGUUCAUCAUCGACCCCGCCAUUCCGCGCUGGCUCGUUUCGAUCCACCCGUACGGCCUUGAUAGGGACGAGGCCAUGGAGUUGUUAUCCAAGCCCGAGUUCGAGGAGUAUCACCCGCUUACGCUUGUAGACACGCACCUCAAUAAGGCUGACAUAGCGAUCCCGACGCUAGUCAUGGGGAUCGAUGUCGAGCGUUCGCUAGGGAGAGAGCCCGGCAGCUUACCGAUUGAGUUUAUCAAUGGUGAUCGCGAGUCCGCGGAAGCCGGGCUCAAGCGAGGCGACAUGCGUGACUUCCCUGUCGCGGAUGUGAACUAUCUGCUGGGUGACACGCUGCCAAUUGCCGACGGAAGCCCUUCGAGAUUCCGCAGCGAUCUCUCGAAGGACGAGGCGUACGCGCGAUCCCGCGACGAUCGUAUCGCGAUCGAAUCGGUGAUCGCAGAGGCGAUUGAUUUAAAGCGACCCGUCGAGCACCGACCCGACGGCGAGACCGUCGUCGUAGUGGAAGAGCGAGUCGUGCAAGUUGACGGCCUCGACCGUACCCGCGCGUCGUUGCGCGGCGAUUGGGGCGGCGCCGCGGUGAAGCGGAUGGGUCAGAAGCCGCUACUGGUGCUAGGCCUCAGCCUGCUCUCAGUUAGUGGCGCCCUUGUGGGUGCGUUCCAAGCACGGUCGCGCGAACUCGGCGUCUUGCGCUGCUGCGGCUUGACGCGUUGGGGCUUAGCCCGUUUAGCGAUUGCCGAAGCGUUGCUAUUGGGCGCUGCGGCGAUCCCUGUAUCGGUGCUGCUGGGUAGAGUUGGGGCGGCGAUGAUGCUCGAGGUGGCCAGCGUCGUGGGCUACCGGCUUGAUUUUGCCGGCAUCCAGCCAACGCACACCGUUCCUUGGUCUUGGUUGUGGCCAGGCGUCGCCGCCACCGCCAUGGUCUGUAGUCUCGCGGCCUUGUGGGCGGCGUAUCGGGUCGGUAGGACAACGCCGGCUUCGAUCAUCAGCGCCGCGCGGCGAGGGAUCCGCAAAUCGUACGGCAGUGGCGAUGCCAUCGUGCGCGCCGUGGCGGGUGUUGAUAUUACUCUCCGUGCGGGCGAGAUCGUCGCCGUCAUAGGAGCCUCUGGGUCCGGGAAGACGACCUUACUCCAUCUACUCGGCGGCCUAGUCCGCGCGGACGGCGGCGUCAUCCGUUGUGGGGAUCGCGACUUCGCCACGCUAUCCGACGCCCAGCUGACGGCGCUACGGUGCAGUGAGAUAAGUAUCGUUUUCCAAUCCUACAACCUGUUGCCGACGCUGACGGCUCUCGACAAUGUCGCGCUGCCACUACUGCUUAGUGGAAAGAGUCGUGCGCGGGCGCGCGAGCUAGCGAGCGACAAGCUGUCGCAGGUUGGCAUGGCUGGGCACAGUGGUCGGCGACCGCCGCAACUCUCCGGGGGAGAGCAACAGCGGGUCGCAAUCGCUCGGGCACUAGUGAAUGAGCCGCGUAUCUUAUUGGCGGACGAGCCCACCGGAAAUCUUGAUCGCAAGAACGCCGAAUCGGUUUGUCAGUUAUUGCAGCAGGUUGGCGCCUCGGCAGGUCGCGCCGCGGCGAUCGUUUCGCAUGACCCUGUCGUCGCCUAUCAUGCCGAUCGUGUUAUGUCGAUGGCCAGCUUGUCGACAGCUUCUCCCGCAACGAGAUCCUCGGCGCCGAAGACUUGGCGCUGCGCUACCUGUCUGCGACGACAUCUAACACCGCGUGCUGCGACCGUUAGUGCCAGCAACGAUUAUGCCUGA